AUGGCAAAUCAUAAAGGUUCAUCUGGAAAAAUGGAGGUCGAUGGGAUUUGCGAAAUGUUCCUAAGAUCCGAAGAUCUUCACGGUGUUCGAUAUACAAAUUAUAUUGGAGACGGCGAUAGCAAAACUUACAAAGCAAUCGUCGAUUCGAUACCGUACCCUGUUGCAAAAAAAGAGUGUAUCAACCACAUACAAAAAAGAAUGGGCGCAAGGCUACGUAAAUGCAAAAAAGAAAAUAAGGGAUUAGGAGGUAAAGGAAAACUUACGGCGAAAUUAAUUGAUGAUCUAUCUACUUUUUAUGGACUAGCCAUUCGCAGACAUCAGAAUUCUGUCGAUGAAAUGUAUAAUGCAAUUUGGGCCACUCUGUAUCAUAAGAGUUCAUGUGACAAAAAUCCGAAACAUGAUUAUUGUCCGGAGGGACCAGAAUCUUGGUGCACUUGGCAGCAAGCAAAAGCUGCAGGACAAUUGAGCGAUUAUACACACAAAGCACCGCUCCCAGAUAACGUCAUCAAUGCAAUCACUCCCAUUUAUAAAGAUUUGAGUGACAAAAAGUUGCUUGAAAAAUGCUUGGGUGGUUUUACGCAAAACAAUAAUGAAAGUUUUAACGGCAUGAUUUGGAAAUUUGAUCCAAAAACAACAUCAAGUGGAGCUGUAAUAGUAGAAAUCGCUGCAUACAUUGCCGUUUGUAUUUUUAAUAACGGAUACACCGAUAUAUUAAAAAUAAUGGAGCUGUUGGAAAUUAGAAUUGGACCAAUAGGAUCACAAUUUCGUGACAACGAGAACGAGCGACGGAUUUCACUUGCACAGCUCCAAGCGCAGGCGGCGACGCGUGAGGAAAGAUUACGAAGAAAACAAAGAAGAAACGAGGCUGACGAAGUUGCUAUUGAUAUCGAGGGCACUUUAUAUGCACCUGGAUUGGACGCAUUUUGGUUCGUUACGAAAUUAUAUCAUUUUACGUAA